AUGGAGAAGCUAAAUACUGAAGAUGGCCAGCUUUUCAUCAAGAACCUCGCGAGAUUUGUACGCACUCAUGAGAAAGCAUUGGCCAAUGCUCUUCAGAUGAGACGCCAGACCUCAAAAAGCCUCGAUUCGUCUACCUCCCCGCCGGUCGUCAGCCGCCAUGGCUCGUCCAACCGUUCUGCUACAUCCUCCUCCUUGGCUGCCGUCUUCUCUUUGGGCUCACUGAAUUUUACGUCGCACAAUAUCAAACCUGCAAAAUUGACCCUCACCCCUCAUCACGUUUUCUAUCUUUUGUCGCGUUUCGAGGAACUAUCAGUCCCUGUAGGUCCCAUGAAUAUUCGAUUGGAAAAUAUCAAUACGGAAGCAUCCUCGGCCUAUGUAUCUUUCUUGAACAAGCCUCGCCGCCCCAAUGGUGACAGGGACUCGAUCCACUCCGUCUCCAGCGUCCGCAGUGUGCUCUCUGGCAUGAGCGGGUUUUGGACUUCCUUUGGCCUAGGAUCCAAGGAUUCCCUAUCUAAAACCGAAAAGGCCAGGGCUGCCGUUGAAAAUGAUUUGAAAUAUCUAUAUUCUGCAUUCACCAAGAUUCCCUGUCUAAGGUUGGCCCCUGACCAUCGCGCCCGUUUGAUCCGCGGCUAUGAGGAAUUUCCAUUUGAUACUGCUGUUCCACUUCAUGCCUUCAAAAACCUUGGUUCUCUCGAAAUAAUUGAUGUGGACUUUCGUUCUUUCUAUGGCUGGGACCGCUUAUCUGAACAAUUGAGGACUCUGACCUUGAAACGUGCCAACAUUGAGGAUAUUGGAGACCUACUUACAGGAAUUGUAUUGGACGACAUUGACAAACGAAGGCGAAGAUCCGCAAGGAACCCUCAAUCCCCUCUGAGCGGUCUGACUGCCAGUCCAGUUCCUCCGGAGCCUGUGAGAGCCUCCUCCGCCCCUGGAUCCCCCGUUUCUGGCCAUAAUUUUGGAAGCCGCUCAGGCCCACAGGGUGGCUCUGCUAUGCUUAGAACCGGUUCCGCAGAGGGUCUGCAACACGCUCAAAUGGGCACUUCUCCACCGCGACCUCCCAGUUCGAGACGCCGGCACGCUCGUGGAUCAUCUAUAAAGAUCAAGCGCUCCGGUUCUGGAAGCUCAAAUUCCAGCGAGGGAUCUACUGUGUAUCGUAAUCGGAGCAUGUCAAAUCUCCUCGCCGCUGGAAUACUGCCAUCGACCAAAUGGCGCUUCCUCCGUCACCUGGGUUUACCCAAUAACUCUAUGACAAACAUCACAGUUACCGGACUUGCACCGGUUGCAAACACUUUACACUCUUUGGACUUGUCAUGGAAUCUUUUCACAGAAGUUCCCGACAGCCUGUCAACAUUAAUAGCUCUCCGCUCGCUAAAUCUAUCACAUUGUAUGAUUGAUUCCUUGCACUCGUUAUCCCGAAGCCCGCUUCCCGCGAUCACUGCUUUGAAUCUUCGAGCGAAUCGUUUGCGAUCCAUUGUCGGAGUUGAGCGCCUACUUUCUCUAGAACGUCUUGAUCUGAGAGAGAACAGCAUUCCCGAUCCAACAGAGAUGGCUAGAUUGACUUCUAUCCCAUACCUCCGUGAGAUUUGGGUGGCGGGUAACCCGUUUACCAAAUCGCAUCCCGAUUACAGGGUUACCAUCUUUAACCUAUUCCGCCGCACCCCAGGGUACUCGGAGGAUAUUUUGAUUGACGGUACCGGGCCAACUUAUUCCGAAAGGAAAAGGCUUGUUGAGCGAAUCGCAGAACCCGAGAGCGCUCCAGUGAUCAGACAAAGCGAACAGACCAAUGUUCACGACCUUGAUGCUCUGGAGACCAAGCCACGGCCUACACCCACAAAAGCCCCGGAAGAAAUGCCGGCGAUACCUGGCUCCUCGCGCAAACAUGAACACGCGAAUGGGUCUACUCGACGCAAGAAGGGUCAUAGGCGUAGAAUUGUUGAUUUAUCACAAGAUGAGGGGAGAGACACCGAUAACACGGACAUUGUUGAGCCAAGCACUCCCAAAUCUGAGCCUCGCCUCCAAGAACGUCUAGAUACACUCACACGACCCACUCUCCCACGAUUGGAUACUGGUUCUGCUUCAGGAUCGCCAGUUUCAACCAAAGUUCCCGGAGGUGCAAAUACCGCGCAUUUCCUUCCUGUGAUUCAAAAUGCCGAUUGGGAUAGUGGUGGUGAUAUCUACCGCCAGCGCCUAGAGGCAUUGAAACAGGAAGUCGGCACCAAUUGGUUGACUGUCCUAGACGAUGAAGCCUGGGGCCAUAAACAGAAAGAUCUUGGAUUCCAACCGGGUGGCACCGACCUUCAUCCUGUUGGUCCUAUCCAACCUCCACCCCUGACCAGGACCAGUAGCCAGGCUAUUACUUCUGGCGGUCGAGCUUUGGGUUGA